CCGGGCACCUGGGUUGACCAUGAGCGCCUUGGAGGGGCAGGCGGCUCCUUGCGCCCACGAUUUGCUGGAGGUGGCCGCCUUCUACGGCGGCGGGGGCGACAGCAACAACGCCAACCUGAGCCUCUUCCCGGGCCCGGCUUACAGCUUGGCUGGGGAGGUCCCGGGCGGCGGGUGCGGAGGGGGCGGCAGCCCGCCUUACCUGUGGCUCAACGGCUCCUCCGCCCCGCAUCCCCACCCGCAUCCUCCUCCUCCUCCUCCUCCGCCGCCUUACUAUGGCUCGGAGCUGGGCUGGCUGUCCUCGCUGGCCAGGGCCGGGCAGCAGGAGUUUCUGCGCUUGGUGCGCCCGCCCUACUCGUACUCGGCGCUGAUCGCCAUGGCCCUCCAGAGCGCGCCGGGCAAGAAGCUCACCCUCAGCCAGAUCUACCAGUUCGUGGCCGGGAACUUCCCCUUCUACAAGCGCAGCAAGGCCGGCUGGCAGAACUCCAUCCGGCACAACCUCUCGCUCAACGACUGCUUCAAGAAGGUGCCCCGCCACGAGGACGACCCCGGUAAAGGCAAUUAUUGGACCCUGGAUCCAAACUGUGAGAAGAUGUUUGAUAAUGGCAACUUCAGAAGGAAGAGGAAGAAACGAUCAGACGCUGCCAAUGGGUCUGGAGCACCCAACAAAGUGGAAGACAAAAGAAGCAGUCCCACAGUCUCACAAGCCUCUGAACCUCACAAUGUGGCAUCUGUGCCACGGAGAUGCUCCCCAGGUUUGAUGACUGACUGCAAAUCCCCCAGCCUGAGCUCCAGCCGUUGUUUCUCCACAUUUGUCUCCACCAUGAAUGCUGUUGCCCACAGGCGGAAUGGCUUUUCCAGGCAGUUUUUCAGUGGGCCAGGGUCUGAUUUCAUGCCUGGGAGGCAGAAUGGGCCUAACUUGAGCUCGUGCGCUGUUGCCCAUAGCAAUCCAUCCUCAGGAUUUGAACUCGGCUCUCAGUCCAAUGCCAGGAUGAAUUACUAUGCAGGUACAAGUGGACAAUCAAGCUGCCUCAGCACCCCAGUCCUGAGUACCUUCAGUGUGAACAAUCUGAUCUAUAGCAGAGAGGGGACAGAAGUUUGAAGGGUUGGCACUGCAGUAUAGCCCUUGUUUGGUGUAUGUCACACAAACAGCCUUGGUUGAGUGCCUAGAUGUUUUGCCUUAAAUCCAAUAGCCUGGUUAGGAGUAAUCCUCAGUCUUUCUUGUUUGUUUGUAUCCAUAGCCACAAUGUACACCAUGACUAUAAUUUGGAAAAGUUGCUUUCUUGGAUUUCUGCUCCUCAAAGAGCAUCUUCUUCAAUGUAUUGUCGAAGGCUUUCAUGGCUGGAAUCAUUGGGUUGUUGUAGG